CUCCGAUUCAGAUUUCCCUCAUUCUCUCUCUCCGAUUCAUGCGCUCAAGGGACCAUCCUUCAAUACGAUGCAGCGUCUUUAUUUUAGGGUUUCGCUUAAUCAAAUCCCAUGGCUAUCAGAGGCGUGGAUUUCAAAUGAUACUUUUCAUGAGGUAAGAAAGAGACGUGACCGAAAGAAGGAGUGAUUCGUCUUUCUUAUUAAGGGCUUUUGUUUAGCAGACUGUGAUCUUAUGGAACCUGACAGGUUGGGAAUUGAUGAAGAGCUUGUGGCUUUGCUUGGCAAAUAUUCACCGAUUCCUGUUACCUAUGCUGGCGGUGUGACUGUAAUGGCUGACUUAGAGAGGAUAAAAACAGCUGGAAUGGAGCGUGUGGAUGUUACUGUGGGCAGUGCCUUGGAUAUUUUUGGGGGGAACUUGGCUUAUAAAGAGGUUGUAGCUUGGCAUACCCAGCAACAGGCCUCCAUGGUUUAAUUAGUAUGAUUGAGACAUGUUGGGGGUGGUGGCAGGGACUUGUUUAAUUGUUUAUCUAAAUGUGUAACCAUGUAUCCAGUGAUCUUUCUAUCAAUAAAUA